GGCAGCUGCGCUGCGCUGCGCGGGAGCCUCAGCCCAGCCGCCGCGGCUGACGGGCUGACUCGGCCCGAAGGCAGAGCGAGCUGGCCAGGGGCCGGGGCCCCUCGCCCGGGUGGACCCGCGGAGCUCAGACUCAGGGCGCUGGCCGGCCAGCAAGUGUCUGGAGACUGCCCCUCCGCCCCUGCCACCAAAGAGGCUGGGAGACUGUCCCGGAGCCGGCAAGAGUGGGCAGCAUGGAGGCGGAGUCCUCCCAGCCUCCCAACGGCAGCUGGCCCCCAAGUCAGAAUGGGAGCAAUGCCGAGGCUGCCCCAGCUGUGAACCUCACCUUCUCCUCCUACUACCAGCACUCCUCCCCUGUGGCGGCCAUGUUCAUCGUGGCCUACGCCCUCAUCUUCCUCCUCUGCAUGGUGGGCAACGCCCUGGUCUGCUUAAUCGUGCUCAAGAACCGGCACAUGCGCACCGUCACCAACAUGUUCAUCCUCAACCUGGCCGUCAGCGACCUGCUGGUGGGCAUCUUCUGCAUGCCCACCACCCUCGUGGACAACCUCAUCACUGGAUGGCCCUUCGACAACGCCACAUGCAAGAUGAGCGGUUUGGUGCAGGGCAUGUCUGUGUCGGCUUCCGUUUUCACGCUGGUGGCCAUUGCUGUGGAAAGGUUCCGCUGCAUCGUGCACCCUUUCCGCGAGAAGCUGACCCUGCGGAAGGCGCUGGUCACCAUCGCGGUCAUCUGGGCCCUGGCGCUGCUCAUCAUGUGUCCCUCGGCCGUCACCCUGACCGUCACGCGCGAGGAGCACCACUUCAUGGUGGACGCGCGCAACCGCUCCUACCCGCUGUACUCGUGCUGGGAGGCCUGGCCCGAGAAGGGCAUGCGCAAGGUCUACACCACCGUGCUCUUCUCGCACAUCUACCUGGCGCCGCUGGCGCUCAUCGUGGUCAUGUACGCGCGCAUCGCCCGCAAGCUGUGCCAGGCGCCGGGCCCCGCGCAGGCCGGCGAGGAGGCGGCGGCGGGCGGCCGGCGCGCGGCGCGGCGCAAGGCGCGGGUGGUGCACAUGCUGGUCAUGGUCGCGCUCUUCUUCACGCUGUCCUGGCUGCCGCUCUGGGCGCUGCUGCUGCUCACCGACUACGGGCAGCUCAGCGCGCCGCAGCUGCACCUGGUCACCGUGUACGCCUUCCCCUUCGCGCACUGGCUGGCCUUCUUCAACAGCAGCGCCAACCCCAUCAUCUACGGCUACUUCAACGAGAACUUCCGCCGCGGCUUCCAGGCCGCCUUCCGCGCCCAGCUCUGCCUGCCGCCCUGGGGCAGCCACCGGCAGGCCUACUCCGAGCGGCCCGGCCGGCUCCUGCGCCGCCGGGUCUUCGUGGAGGUGCAGCCCAGCGACUCGGGCCUGCCCUCGGAGUCGGGGCCCAGCAGCGGGGCCCCCAGGCCCGGCCGCCUCCCGCUGCGACACGGGCGGGUGGCCCACCAUGGCUUGCCGGCGGAGGGUGCUGGCUGCUCCCAUCUGCCCCUCACCAUGCCGGCCUGGGACAUCUGACGUGGUCCAGGGAGGGCAGGCCUGAGCGGGCAGGCAACACCUGGACGCGAUAGCAGUGUGGUGUGGGGUUAGAGAAAAGGAUGCAUGGUGCGUCCCUCUCCAAAAUAAGGCAGCGGGCAGCCGCUGGGGACACCUUCACCCUCAGAUAGAGGCAGAUAGGCGGAGGACUCUCUGGCGUGUCCCUUCUGUGUGGUAGACAAACAUCAUCUCAUUAGAUUCGCUGAAUGCUUUGGAAAUAGGUUUUCUUUUCUUUUUUUUUUUUUUUUAUUAGUACUGCCUCUAUGGAAUGGAAAUAGGUUUUCUUAUUCCCCUUCUACAGAUGCAAAAACAAGCCUGGAGAGGCGAGGUGAGGAGCCCAAGGUCUUUAGCUGGAAUCUCAUGCGAGCCUGUGAGACUAACUCCUGUCUGGAUUUUGCCAUCUCCAGCUGGCUCCAAAAGGGCCCGUUAAGGUAGAGCAUAGUGAACUGUGUAGAUCCUAGUUAGGCAGCUGGGAAGAGUUUAAAAACAAAGCCCAUCUGUCCUUUGAUGCUUUGAGUCCAUGCGGUGGGGUCUCUUUUGUUCUGUUACCGAAGCCCCUCCCCUUGUCCCUUUCCUAGGAGGACAAGGUGUGCCCCUCCUGCCAGCUUUAAUAUGUUGAUUUGUCUCCUUUGUUCCAAGAAAAGUCCAGGGCCAUUCUCUUCCAGGCUGUCACAGCUGAGCAGCUUCAGAAGGAAUCCUGGGGAACCCUGCUUCAGCUGCAGGGUCAUCUAGGCCUUGCGCUCUGGGUCUGAGCUAGAGAAGGGAGGAGGGGACUCCCUCCCACCUUCACCACCCAGGCCUUGGCAAGAACUCACCAUGUGACAGGCAGCUGCAAGGCCAUAUGGAGGUGUCUGUUUAUUGACUCAUGGACAAGGAGGAAGGGAAAGCAGAGUACCGGCGUCUCGCCUUUGGAAACGCAUUUGCUCACUGGAGCUGCAAGUACAAAGCCUUCCCCAAGGCCUCUCCCCUCCAGGCUCCCUGCGAAGGAGAAGAUCACCAAGAGGGAGAAGACCGCCAACCAAAGCUGUAGCCAGGGUGCCCUCUGGGGAUUCGUGAAAGACACACACUAAACACUCCCCCAGUGCGGAUAACUCGUGUACCCAAAAGAGGAUGGGGACCAGGUGAUCCCUGAUUUGCUCUUUCAUCCAGCAAACCUGCAUCACCUUAAAGAAAUGAGGCUUCUCUCCAGGAGAUGGGAGAAAAUGGGAUCGCCUUGUGUGAUCCUUGCACAGCCCCAGUCAUCUGCAGUUAACUGGACAUUUUCCUCCUCACCUCUGUAGAAAUUAUUGUGCUGCUAAACAUUUAGUGAACAAAAAAGAAACAUUUCCAGGGGUCAGGGCUCUGAGGCUCUGAUUGUUUCCUAAUUGACACACAAUGACAGCCCUGUUUAAGUUCCAAGUACAGGAGCAGAAGAAAAUUCCAAAGCAGUAGCACAAUACAUUCUCCAAGCAUAUCCCCAGACACUGUCUCAUUUGAUCCAUACUAAUGAGAUUGAAAGAGGUGUUGUUCUUGCCAUUUCACAAAGUAACUGAGUGCCAAGGUCACAGGGCCACCGAGGGGCAGGAUUUGGAUUAGAUUUGUGGUCUGUUCUUCCCACGCUGCAUGCUGCUUUUCAAGGAAGGUGGGCAUGGCGGGGAGGAGAGCUGGAAAUGCCCCCAAAAGUUUUUUGCCUAAUGGUGAAUCAGAACACUCAUAGGCCCAGAAUCCUGCCGCCCAGGCUCUUGGUCUGGGAAAUGAGAGUCUUUUGUGUUUACUCUUGUAAUUUCCACCCUGAGCUGUUCUGUGUAUAUUGUCUAUACCCGUGUGCUGAGCAGGCUGCCAAGGUCUAUUAUGACACUGUCCUCUUUCAGGAGUCUGGGGUGAUGGAUGAGGGUCUCAGAGAGGGUUGCCAUCCUGCCCCUCAGUGGUAUUAGCUGGUGCCACGCCUUUCUGGUGCUGUAUCAGUGUCAUGUGUCACGUAGGCCCGAGUGUUCCCAGCUAUUUAGAAUAGGGAAUAGGGAAGAAUUCUGACUCUAGGCUCCAAAUAUAGGCUAGAAAAAGGACUAUCUCAAACCUAAAAUGCCUGUCCCUGUGGCUGGGUAGGAGUUGUCUGAAGACACCAUCUGUUCUCUCCUCUGGAGUGUGUUUCUCCUUUAGCAUGGACUCCCGCGGCACAAAGUCACAGGCUUUGGGGGUGGGGGGACUGGGAUAGGACCAAGGCACUCACCCAAGCCAACCUUUCCAUCAUGCCCCUUUGUUUAAUUACCCCCAAAGAUGCCAUGCUUUGAAAGGUGAUAACUGCCAAAAAAACUGCAUAGGUCACAAUUCAGAUAUUUUGCUGUUAUUUUUAUUUCUUUUAAAAAAAUCAG